AUGGCGGCACACAUAGCACGACGUUGUUAUUUACUUAGUUGUAACCUUAAUGCAGGAUUAAGCGUGAUUCCUCAGCAUGUAAAACUACGGGAUGUUGCAAUGAGAGACAUAAACAACACUUUACAGCCGACUGCUGGUUACGGGACCCGAGGGACAGACACCACACAGGACACUGAAGUGCACAUUCCAGUGGACCGUCUGAGAGUAUCUUACAGCAGAAGCAGCGGCCCUGGUGGUCAGCACGUCAAUAAAGUCAACACAAAAGCAGAGGUCCGAUUCCACGUGCAAACAGCUGACUGGAUCCCAGAAGAUGUUAAACAGAAAAUCCUCGAAAAGAACAAAAACCGCAUUACCAAGGCAGGGGAGUUGCUGGUGACCUCAGAGCUGAGCAGGAGCCAGCACAGAAACUUAAGUGACUGUAUACAGAAGAUCUCCACCAUUAUCGCUGAGGCCAGUGAGAAGCCAUAUGAGCCCACAGAAGAAGAUAUAGCCCUCAGGGAAAGCAGGUUAGAGAAGAGGAACAAGGAGCGACUCAAACAGAAGAAGAUUCAUUCAGUGACCAAGCAGAGCAGACGAGUGGAUUUUGAUUAAUGUGAUUGUUUUGUCAAUGAUUUAAUAAAAUGUAUAAUUUA